AUGUGCUCCUAUCUUUCUUUCUUCAAACAGAAUCAGUUUCAUAUCCAUCUAAACGACAAUCUCUUCAUCAAUUUCGAUCUUUAUACGAGAAAGCAGAUACAUGAACUGUACUCAGGCUUCAGGUUGAACUCAGCAAAUCCCGCACUUGCUGGUUUGGCAUCACCCGUCAACGAAUCGUAUACUCAUGCCCAAUUUGAUUGGUUACAACAGAAGUGUGCCUCUAGGGGUGUUACUAUAGUUCCUGAGAUUGACACUCCAGCGCACUCCCUGGCUAUCGCCAAGUGGAAACCCGAGAUUGCAUUGAUCAAUAAUCCCUCCAUGUUGAACAUCAGUCAUCCUGACACCAUUCCCACCCUGAAGACCAUUUGGAGGACGUUUCUUCCAUGGUUCAAGACAAAGGUUAUACAUCUUGGAGCUGAUGAGUACAACAUAACCAUGGUGUCUGAGUAUAAUAAGCUUGUUGAUGAGAUGUACGACUUCAUUUCAGGAUCCGAAAAACAGGCUCGAGUCUGGGGAACAUUUCCGCCCAGCAGAGGAGGUAAAUAUACCAAGGACAUCACUAUCCAGCACUGGGCACCCUAUGAGGACAAUGCCUACUUUGACUUCAUCAUGAAGGGGUACAAGGUUCUCAACUCGGACUUCAUGUUUUACAUCAGUUCCAAGUGGCAUGGAUAUUUCGGUCAAACAUUGAACAAAACCCUUAUCUUUAGCGGCGAUCCCAGCGGCGGACCCUUCGCCCCUCAUAUCUUUGACACAAAGAACGGGACGAACAAUGCACCGCGUGAUAGCCCGGGUGUCACGGGAUACAUCGCUGCGCAGUGGUCCGAUUAUGGUCCUUCAGCAUCAACCUAUCUGGAGGCGUACUACGCGUGGCGUAACGAACUACCAGCCUUGGCCGACAAGGUCUGGGGUGGAAAUCUUCUGGAAGCAGAGUAUGAUUCUGUUUUCGAAAAGUUGAUCCCCAUCAUCCCAGGUCAAAACCUUGAUAGGCGAGUUAAGUCUAACACCAGUCUCAUCCUCGACUAUCAUUUCAGUAAUGUACCCCCGGCCCGGCCAAACCUCGUGCGGGACACUUCUGGCAAUGGAUACGACGCCGUAAACUAUGGGUGUAAGAUCCACGGGUCUGAGGUUUACAUCUCAUCAGACUGUUAUCUGGAGACGCCGCUCAGCAGCAAGGGUCGAAACUACACACUUUCAUUUUGGGUCUACCCAGAAUCUACCAAACCUGGCGAACUGUUCUCCGGAUUAGACUCUUCUCUGCAUCUUGGAUAUGGAACCAACUCCAACGUUACCCUCCUCAGUGGUAAUAAUGACUACUCUCUCAACUAUUCGCUGCCCACUAAAGUCUGGACCCAUGUACAGUUGUCCGGGCGCGGAGGCUCAACUCUUCUCACGGUGUUCGAGAAGAAAGUUAAUAGGACGAUGGAAUUCUUAGUUGAGGUUAAACCCAACGGGGUAUCGGGGAGCAAUGGCGUCAUGUCGAUCUGGAGACCGAUUGCUAUCGAAGCGCCGCUGAGAAGGAUUGGUAAAGGCUUUAUAGGAAGAAUGAGGGAUAUCUCGCUCAGAGGGAGCAAAUGA